AUGGCCACCGAAACCCAACCCCAGCAAAUGCACCUAAUAAAUCACAAGGACCUGGAAUCCUUCGUCCAACAAAUCCUCAUCGGAAACGGCACACCAGAAGAAAGCGCCGUCAUCGUCUCCAAGUGCCUCGUGUCUGCUGACCUUCGAGGCGUCGACACACAUGGCAGCAACCGGAUCCCCAGCUACAUGGAGCGAAUCCGACAAGCCGCGCUGAACGCAGCGGCAACCCCGACCCUUUGCCAAAUUACGCCGGUCGUCGUGCAGAUCGACGGACACAAUGGGUUUGGCUUCGUCGCUGCGCAUAAGGGCAUGGAGCGGGCCAUUGAGAUGGCAAAGGACUUCGGUAUGGGCAUGGUCUCGAUCAAGCAUUCGAAUCACUUCGGGAUGUCGGCGUGGCUGGUUAAGCAGGCCUUGGACGCGGGGAUGAUGUCGCUUGUGUUUACGAAUUCGUCGCCUGCGCUACCUGUUUGGGGUGGGAAGGAGAAGCUGAUGGGUGUUUCGCCUAUUGCGUGUGGUGCGCCUUCUGGGAAUGAGGCGAGACCGUUUAUUCUUGAUAUGGCGCCGUCUAUUGCCGCUCGCGGCAAGAUUUACAAGGCUCUUCGGCGGGGUGAGAAGAUCCCGAAUGACUGGGCUCUUGAUAAGGAUGGGAACCGGACGGAUGAUCCGGCGAAGGCGCUCGAGGGUGUUAUGCUGCCCAUGGGGGGUCCUAAAGGUUCAGCAUUAUCGAUCAUGAUGGAUGUCUUUUCGGGCGUGUUCUCUGGGGCUGCAUUUGCAGGCCAUGUUACCAAUCCUUAUGACCCGUCGAAACCAGCGGAUGUAGGACAUUUCCUGGUUGCUAUCAGGCCGGAUUUGUUUAUGACGAUGGAAGAGUUCAAGGAGAGGAUGGAUUAUCUUUACAAGCGGGUUACUGAGUCUGAGAAGAUGGCUGGGGUGGAACAGAUCUAUUUCCCUGGUGAGAUCGAGAUGAUUACUGAGGAAAAGAGGCUUAUGGAGGGAAUUCCUUUUGCUGCGGCAGAAGUCGCGAGCUUGAAUAAGGAGGCUGAUCUGGUAAAGGUUGACCAUCUGAAGGUACAGGGAUAG